AAGCGUUUAAAUCAUUCGUUUAAGAGUUGCUUCACGGAUCGCAGUGUUUGAUCAGCAAUUGUUGAUUCAUAAGUAAAAUGCGCAAAAGCUCAGAAUCUGAAACGCCAGGACAGGAAAUUCUGGACAAAGAACCAGAUGAAAUCGUUAAUGGUAAACAUUUGGAUCUCGACGAUGUGUUGGUCAAUGAACUGGGACAAUUCGGGUGCUUCCAAAUGAGGAAUAUUCUGCUGGUCACAAUACCCAUUAUGAUGUCCGCAUUCAUGAGUGAAUACAUAUUUUCUGCGGCCGCAAUACCACACAGAUGUCGAAUCCCAGAAUGCAAUGAACAAGAUAAAUCACAAAAGUAUAAUCCCGAAUGGAUAUUAAACGUGCUGCCGCAGACUAGCUCGGGGUUUUCAAGUUGUGAAAGAUAUGUUCUAUUGAAUCUCGAUACCAAAGGAUCUCUCGAAUCUUGUCCGGCGAGUUUGUUUAAUCAAACGAAAACCAUAGAUUGCGACGGGUACGUGUACUCGAAAGACAAUUCCGUGGUCUACGAUUUUGAUCUCGGAUGUCAGGAUUGGCUGAGAGCUUUAGCUGGGACUCUGAACAGCGUGGGCAUUUUGUUGGCGAUGCCGAUCACUGGCUAUAUUUCGGAUCGCUUCGGACGUAGAUUUGCACUCGUCGUCAAUGUCUUUAAUUUAAGUCUUAUUGGGUUAAUUCGGGCUUUCUCCGUCAACUACACGAUGUAUAUGGCGCUUCAAAUCGUACAAACUACGCUCGGCGCCGGCACAUUCAGUUCUGCUUAUAUUUUUGCUGCUGAACUCGUCGGUCCGAAGUACCGUGUGGUUACAAGUGCGACUCUAUCCUCAAUCUUCGCAACAGGGCAAGUGGUACUGGGCGCAGUAGCCUGGCUGGUUCAACCUUGGCGUUACAUGAUAAUGACUCUUCAUAUCCCUGGAUUCUUGGUGAUAUGUUACUAUGCUAUUCUACCAGAGAGUGUUCGUUGGUUACUGUCGAAACGAAAAUACGCUGAAGCGACAAAAGUGUUGAAAACAGUAGCUAAGCUGAAUAAGACGCAAAUAAGUGAUAAGUCUUUGGAAGCGCUCAUAAAUAGUUCAAAGGAUUCGAAGCCUCUUCUGAAGGAAGGGAAUGGAAACCUAAUGACAAAAAUCAUACGCUCUCCGGUGUUGCUCAGACGCGUGUGCACCACGCCCGUCUGGUGGAUCACAACUGUAUUUGUAUACUACGGACUGUCGAUUGAUUCAACGAGUCUCUCCGACACAAUAUAUUUGAAUUACAUUUUGACUUGUGCCAUUGAAAUUCCUGGUUUCUUCACCGCAGUCCUAGUCCUCGAUAGAGUUGGCAGAAGAGCCACUCUAUCGUCCGGGUUUUUAUUUAGUGCUUUGUGUAACAUUGUCUUUGUCUUCAUUCCCAAUGAGUUAUCAGUUCUCCGACUUGUAAUUUACCUGCUAGGGAAAUUCGGCAUUUCAAUGGUGAUGACGUCAUUAUACUUGUAUACGUCAGAACUAUAUCCGACUGAGUUUCGUCACAGCCUUCUCGCCUUUUCCUCCAUGAUCGGUCGUAUCGGAUCUAUUACGGCACCUCUUACUCCAGUACUUAUGGAAUACUGGCACGGUAUACCGUCUUUGAUGUUUGGAGGAAUGGGGAUACUCUCGGGCAUUCUAGUGCUCACACAGCCUGAAACAUUAGGCACUAAGAUGCCAGACACCCUGGCUGAGGCAGAAGCGCUUGGAAAAUCAGACUGCUCUCAAAGGACCAGUUAAUUUCACUAAGAUCACCUGGAUCUACGAAAUUUCUUUAAGCAUUAUUCUUACACUGAGUAUUGUGAACGAACACCUGCUUUAUAUGAAGUCGACGUGUACUUUGCUAACAGUGUAUUUGUUUAGCUCGAACAUAUUGUAUGCGUAAAAAAUA